UGUUAAUUUGAACCUGAGAGUACUUGACGUCUCAUCUCUCCUGUGCGAAAACCUCUCUAGGCUCGCUCGGACUUCUCUCCCAAAGGUAAAAUGCCUAAAUGCCAUCACUCGUAGCAUUUGGUCGCAAAUGGAACAUAGCCAGUGAUGACUUCGUCUUUCCGGAAAUCACCGAGGUUUUAGUAAGACUAUCAUGGAUGGCGUUUGCCUUUGCAGUGUUUAUACUGCAUUUUCCUCUGUCAUGUUCGGGAAAGGAUAUGACGAUGUCAUUGCUGGCACUACUUAUAGUCAACGGUGUGACAAUAGUUUUAGCUUUUGUCAUGGCUGGGAUAUCAUCGAGAGGAACCAUCAUGAAUACUUAUCCUAGACGACACAUUGCUACGCUCUUGUAUAUCAGGGUACCGCUUUAUGUUCUUGAACUAGCACUCACCAUCGUUUCGACCGUAGGUGCCCUUGCACCAGACCCACCAGAUUCUACCUGUCAUUUCUCGAACAUCUUGAAGGUAACAGUCGGUUUGGAAUGGAUAAUGAUUUUGUGCAUGUUGAUUGGCAUGUUGAUUGUAUUCAACCCUGUAGAUGAAAGUGAUGUGGAAGACAGCACCAUCAUUGCGCGAAGGAUUUGGUCCAGAAGAUUCAGGAUAUUCACUAUAAGACGAGGUGAGUCAAUGAGAACAGCGAUGGAUGAUGUUGCCAACGUGGUCGGGUCGUUCUUCGCCGACGUCGAUAUCGUGUUCAGUGACGUUCUCGCGGGACUUUUCCUCACAAUACACUCGCCCGCUAAUGUCUAUCCCCCGCUUGUACCCAAAAAUGGAGAUCGUCCUGAAUGGAUGACUCUGGAGAAUGCCUUACAUUUCGCACAUUUCGCUUCCUGUGUCUAUGGCUGGCCUACAUAUCUGCUGCAUAAUCUUGGUAUCAGACCAGCGUACAAGCUGUUCCGAAGACUACAGUGUUGCGGAAGACUUCGUUGUGAUCAGGUGCUCGUCAUCGAGGACAACUGUUGUUUCUGUAAUACGGCGGCAUUCACAUUAUUUAAUGAAGACAAAAAUAUCGAUCUAUUCUUUGUUUCGUUUCGAAAUCAGCUUUAUGAGGUUCCUUUUGUGGUGUUGGCGGAUCACGAAAGCCGCAGUAUUGUGAUAACCAUACGUGGAUCAUGUUCACUUGUGGAUCUCGUUACAGAUUUAUGCUUAGACGACGAAGUGUUGUCGGUAGAUGUCGAUGCUGAUCCUCUACUACGUACUGAUCCAAGCCUAGAUGGAGAGGGCGAAGUUCGAGUUCACCGUGGUAUGCUGAUGAGCGCUCGCUAUGUUUACGAUACACUGAGGAAGCAUCAAGUUCUUGAAGAUCUCGCUGUUUUGAACACGGGUUAUCAGCUGGUCGUUUGUGGUCAUUCAUUAGGUGCAGGAGUUGCCUCACUUGUGACUUUGUUAUUGAAGCAAGAUUAUCCGAAUGUGAGAUGCUUUGCAUUCGCGCCACCGGGUUGUGUCAUCACAGAAAAUGGAUUGCAUGAGCUGGAAGAACAUGUAUUUGGAAUAGUUGCCGGAGAUGACCUUGUCUCUAGGAUAUCAUUCCAUGCCUUGCAUCGCUUACGGGUGAAAGUUGCGGCAGAGUUGGAUGCAUGUACGAAAGCUAAAUACGAAAUAUUGAUCCGAGGAAUUUUCCGACUAUUUUUCACUACUGCAUGGGAAAGUGGUCCACUGUCUGGCGAAAGUAUACUCAACGAUCGUGUCAAUUUGAUACCCGAAGGAGGUGCGGCUGCGAACGGCAGCACCUACGGAACAGCGGCGGCGGUUGCGAUCCCUAGUUCUGCGACAGCGAUUACUCUGGCGACAGCGCAAAGAUUAUCGUCUAGAGUUCAGCUUUAUGCGCCAGGAAAACUUCUUCACAUCGCAGAAGAUGAGAGUAAAGAAGAUGGUGUUGCGUGCGAAUGGAUAGAUCCGAAAUGCCUGUCCGACAUCAUCCUCACGGCAUCUGCAAUCACGGAUCAUCUGCCGAAAAACAUCGAGCGACUGCUCGAAAAGGUCAUCGCAGCGAAGGGCACGCCGGUGGUCGUUCCGUCGGCAGGCAGUGAGGACAGCGGCAGCAGCCCCGGGACGAACCGAGCCGGGCCUGCGAACGCAUCGAGUGCGAGGACCACGCCUCCUCGAGUGGUCGUCACCCAGCCACGAGCCUCAUCCCGAUGACCGGCCCUCUUGCGCCGUUUCUGUUUUUUCCGCCUCGUGCAACCACUCAUAAUAAAUAUACAGCUUCUGGUUGGCGUACUAUUUAAUAACUUGUGUAGAGCAGAAUUUGAGAAGUUUUACCGCUUUUAUUACUUCCUUUGGCUGUAUAGUAUGUGAUAUGAGCAUAAUUUCUAGUCUUCGGUGUAUAUCUUCCCAUCCAUCUCCGCUUAAUCUUGCGCAAAUCUGGUAAUUCCAUGUUAUUCGACUACUC